AUGCUACACCAAGAUGAGAACCUUGCUGUCCGGGUUUUGAAAGAUAAAUACUCAAAGUCAAAUAACAUGUUUAGAGCGUUCCAGUAUGGGUCUCACCUAUGGAAGGCCAUGGGAAAGAUGUGGUCUCUUUUCAGGUCAAAUGUGUCGUGGGGUAUUGGCAAUGGGGAUUGUGUGAACUUGUGGGAGGAUAAGUGGAUUGGGGGGACUUCUCUCCGUAGCCUCAUCCAUGGUCCUUUGUUAGAAGGGGAGAGUGAUUUUUUGGUGAGCCAUUGUAUGAAUAAUGGGGGGUGGGAUUUUUCCUCGCUUUCUUUCCACCUUCCUCAGUCUGUGAUUCAAAUGUGUAGAGCUGUCCCCCUCCAGGAUCAGGUGGCCCAUCAAGAGGAUUUCGUGUUUUCAGAUUUUGCUAUAAAUGGAAAAUUUUGUUUUAAAAAAGUUAUGGCUGUAUUGCGAAAUGUAAAACCUUCUUUGGAGCACUCUUGGAAUUGGAUUUGGAAAUCGGACACAAUACCAAAAAUAAAGUUUUUCUUAUGGCUUGCUUUCCACGAUAGACUACCUCAUAAAUGUGCAUUAUUUGUGAGGCAUCUAUGCCCAUCUAACACUUGUGCUUGCUGUUACAAUGACAAUGCUCCUGAGGACUCAAUCCAUGUCCUUAGGGAUUCUGUGGAUAGAGUUGCGGGUAUUGCAGGUAUUGUCAGAGAUCACAUGGGAAACUGGGUUUUGGGCUACCAACAAAAAUGCUACAUCCAUUCGGUCCUUAUGGGGGAGCUUCAAGCUAUCUGUACAACCCUACAGAUCAUAGAGGAAAGGAGAUGGAGUCGUGUCAUUAUCAAUUCAGACUCUCAGCAAGCUAUAAAUAGAAUCCUACAGGGGGACGAGAUCAAGGAUGCUAAUUUUUGGAUUGUUAAAAAAUGCAGGGAUCUUUGUACGAGGAUGACGGAUAUCAGGCUGGAAUUCGAGGCAAGGAAAACUAAUAGAGUUGCUGAUAGAUUAGCAAAGUUGUGUAGAACCGACGUUUUGUCAAACUUUAAUAUAUGUAUUAUUGAGCAGGCUCCGGAAUCUGUUUCGGAUGUUUUGAUGGAGGAUAGACCUCCAUGA